UUUCUUCAGUUGUUAACAUUCAAUCAUUGAAUUUCAAUGUUCAAUCUCAAUGUUUGUCUUUUGUAAUUAAAACUAUUAAUCAAUUUACUUGUGAUUCUUGUUAUACUUUUCUAGCUCUUUUUGUAUUUAUAUUUAUUACUCUUGGUGUUUGUCAAUUGGACUUCUAUGUUUCCCUCAUCGCCAAAGAAAUCGCCAAUAUUGACGAGGUUGAAAUCAUCAGGCAGUGAAUCGGCUGAUCCCGAUGGUGGGGAAGAUACUGUUGAUGCUCAAGAUGCUUUGUUUUACUCGAUUAACGAUCGUCAAGUUGCUAAUAUUCAACUUGAAUUUUUCUACAAACCUCAUACGAUCACAUUGUUGACAUUCACAUUUAUUCCCAUAAUUUAUUUUGCUUUCACUCGUGAUACAGAGGAGAGUCUAGCGAACAAUGUUUGGGCUGGUGUCAAGUUCAUCAUUUUUCUUUCACUGGUCAUAAGUACUCUCGCCUUCCCUAAUGGGCCAUUUACUCGACCCCAUCCGCUGAUCUGGCGAAUGGUUUUUGGUCUCAGUGUCCUUUACUUAAUGGCUCUAGUUUUCAUCUUAUUUCAAAAUUAUGAUACGGUAAAGUAUAUGUUGGAAUGGGUUUUCCCUGAUCUCGAAGGAUUCACUAUAGACAGCGAGAGGGAGUAUGGUAUCAACUGUUCUGAUGUUUCCAUCGAAAGAAUUUGGAGUCAUUUAGAUGUUUUCGCAUUGGGACACUUUUUUGGGUGGACAUUAAAGGCCAUGUUGAUUCGUCACUAUGGAGUUAGUUGGUUAAUUAGUGUAACUUGGGAAAUCACUGAAAUGGCCUUUUCUCAUCUACUACCAAAUUUCAUUGAGUGUUGGUGGGACGCUCUUAUUUUGGACGUUCUCAUCUGCAAUGGGGCUGGUAUCUGGCUUGGAAUGUAUAUUUGUAGAAAAUUAGAAAUGAGAAAGUACCAAUGGGAAAGUAUAAAAAACAUCACAUCAACUAAAGGCAAAAUCAAACGAGCUGUCCUUCAAUUUACUCCUGAAACCUGGACCAGCAUGAAAUGGCUCGAUCCUUCGUGUACAUAUGUUAGAUAUUUAGCUGUCACUCAACUAGUCAUUUAUUGGCAAAUUACAGAGUUGAAUACAUUUUUUUUGAAGCACAUUUUCGAAAUACCUCCCGGUCAUCCUCUUAGUAUUGGCCGUCUUGCGAUGAUCGCUUUGAUUGUAGCCCCGAGUCUUAGACAGUAUUAUGUUUACGUUGUCGACGCUCGAUGCAAACGGGUAGGAAGCCAGUGUUGGGUGUUUGGAGCUAUCAUGUUCCUAGAACUGAUCAUCUGUAUUAGAUUCGGGCUUGACUUAUUCGCUCAAACUCAGAUCAGAAACAUAGUCAUCUGGAUAAUCAUACAGUUUUUCCUUAGUAUAGUCUGUGUAUCCUUAGGAGUUUGGUGGAGUAAAUUAAACACCAAAAAUGAAGACCAUUCAACUAGAAAAGACAGAUGAUUAACGGAAUAAAGUCAAUUCAACUUUGAAAACUUUUGGACUCAAUUGGUUCUUUUCGAUGUCAACAAUCUACUCAGACCAUUGUAGAUGCGUUACUAUUUUUUGCUAAUCACUAAUCUUGUUUAUACCACUGAGUAGUCCAUCAAUAGGAAUUAAUAACAAUUUCAUCUUCGACAUAAAUGGAAUCAAGCCAAUGGAAACAUAUUUAUUAUUCUCGAUGAAACAAUAAAUUGACGAGGCCAUUUUAAAGCAAAUAAUUACAUUGUAAUAGAUACAGAGUGUGCUUCUAAGAGUUAAUACCAAUCGAGCUUGUCUCUCAAACAAUUACUUCAACCUUGUGAUUAGCUGAUCAAAACUUUCUAAUCAAUAAAACACUUUGCUAAGCAUCUUCCGAUUUUUAACUUUAAUCCUCUUUGUAACCAUUGGAAAUGAUUCCACAUCACCAGUCAUGGAUCUUUGGGUUGUAAUCACUUUGCUAAUUCAUUAUCGACGAUCUUGUUAAUGGCAGUCCAAAGAUCACGAAUUGAAAACUGUCGAGUUUAUUUAACAUUGAUUUUAAUCUCGAUAAUCUGUUUGAUACUAACACGAUUAAAGAUUGUCAAUGGCGAUACCGUGGGCUGAAUUUCAAGGGGUGUGACUUUCUAAGGAUUAACAAUCAAUCAAUUGACGAUAUGGUUUAAUCAGAAAUGGAGCAAAUAAUUCACUGAAAUUAACUUGAUUUCAUUUCUUCUUCUUUAUUACGAUUUAUUGAUGAUGAAUCGUUAUGAAACAAACCAGGUAAUUAAGCAGAGAUUAAUAUUUAUGGUUACACAAGUAAUUAGUCGAGAUAAUGAAUGAAUGUUAUCGCGAUCUUGUUGGAAACUUUAUUUUGCAUCUAAAUUAAAUUCGUUGAUUUUCAUUGUGAAAUUUAUUCAUUGAACGAGAUUUUCAAUCGAAAUAAAGUUUAAUAGAAUUAGAAUUUAUCUCAGUCUUUUCUGUUUGUAUUUCUAUUCGUCCUCCCGAGUUACUCAACAAUUAGCGAAAUUAUUUCAUUGAAACGAAUUAAAAUUAAUUCGAUUGCUUUACUAGUGGCGACUUCUGGUUAAUUGGUUUAAAUUGAUUCUCUCAAAGUUAAAUCAACAAAUAAUCAAAUUUAAUUUCUUUUUUUUUGAACUCUUGUCAUUAAUGCUUUUAACCGACACAAUGAAAGACAUUUAUUUAAGUGUUUUAUUUUUAAUCAAUUGUCAAUUGUUCCAAGUCAUCGCUCGACCAACACCAGAGUCUUCAGCCGAAUCAACUUUGAAUGACCGAUCAUUAGCUUCCGACGCUGCCACUUAUUUACUUGUUCCAGCGGCUGUCGUUUUAGGCACCGAAGGCGCUAUUUUAGGAGCAACUGGGACCACGUUCGGUGAUAGUAUCCAGUCGAUUGGCGAUGGAAUCAAAUUCAUCGGUGACGAGGUUAAAGAUGUGGGUGUUGGUUUCACAAACAUCAGUCGUGGUCUGAAAGGAGUGUCGGGAGUAAUGUACCAGUGGGGAACCGGCGGAUCUCUAGUCCCAGUAAUUGGAAGAGAUUCUGAUCUAACCGACACACUCGAAGUGUUGAGUAAAUUUUCACCAGAUUUUUCCCGCCAAGUUUUAGAUUUUUAUUUCCACAAUUUAAACCAAAAUGACUUAGAUUAUCAUGAUGAUCCAGGCGAUCAAGAUUAUCCAAUUGAUUCAACCGAUUCAACACCAACCAAUUGAUUUAAUUUCAAUCUAUAAAUCAAAUUUUGAAUUUUGAAUAAAAGAUCCUUUAGUUUUUUAUCUUUCA